GUGUUCGCGUCUAAAUUAAGACCACCUCCGCCUGGCCUCGUAUCAAGAUGCGUCCGCGCACACCGACCGCCCGCUCAAUAAAAACCAAACGUAGUACAUAUUAUAUUUUUCCAACGAAAUCGACUUUUCCAAUCAUUAAGUGAUAAGCUACCAAAAUUGCGAAAAGAUACCAUUGAUUGUCACUCGAUUAUCGUCAAAUAAAUACCAUGACUGUGAAGUGAAUUACAAGUGAUAUUUUGUAUAGAGUUGUGAACAUUGAAGAGCUAACUCGCCAAUAUGAAGUUCACAAUCGACGUACUGGGUAUUUUUCUAAAAGUAGUCGUUAAGAUAAACAAAGUGACGUUUGCGCCACUAGUGGUGUCGACGCUAUUCAUCCUGCUGACGUCGCUGCUGGCCCACUGUGCUCGGCGACUGGUCCAGAAGUUGGUGAAGGAGUCCUUUGUCAGACAACUCCUAGAAGAGGCCAUAGCCGCUGCCGAACUCUGCGGGUGCUGCUUCGAACUUAUUAUUGUUGCGGAUAACUUCGGUGUCGCCACGUAUGCGGUGUUCCUGUUCGCCCUGACUAUCUGGUGGUCCAUGAACUGGGGAGAAGCCACAGCAUGCCCCUACACGCAUCUCGAGGAUAUCAUUGAAGGCAAGGGCGAUGUCCGCAAGGCUCUCCUAAAGACGUGGGCGGAGCUGACUGGUGGAAUUCUGGUGUUCAAGUACGUGCAGCUGUACUGGGCGCUGGAGAUCUCAGAGACGCACAAGGACAAGGCUUUUGAAGACUGCAAGGCUGAUUUGCAGGUACCAGUCUUGUACGGAGCCGUGGUGGAGGGUAUUGCAACGUGCAUGUGCCGUUUGGCGUCCAAAUCCCUUGGAGACCUCAACCCUCGUUUUGCAACUGCCAUCGACUCUUUCAUUGGCACCUCACUGGUCGUUGCUGGCGUCCUGGCUAGGCACACGGUAUUCGUCUACCGCUAUCAGGACUCAAGUGCCAAUGCGGAAUUAAGCAUCUUUUGCAAAGUCCAUUUAGGAAAAGCGUUCGACUACUCCGGUGGCUACUUCAACCCCGUCCUGGCCACAUCGCUGAAGGCCGGUUGUGAAGGCCACACGAUGUUGGAACACGCUGUUGUCUACUGGAUCGGCGCCUGCGCAGGUUCCUUGCUAUCCGUCUACAUGUACAAACUUCCCGCCAUCCAGAGAUUCGUCAAAGGCACGAGCGAAGCCAACGGUGACAGCAUUUGGGCUGAUAAAGAGGAUUAAUUAUCUCAGGAUAGUGCAGUCAGUAAUUGUAAAUUAAAGUAAAUAUCACAAGAGUAAUUAAAACACAUAAUAACGGGUUCUUAGCGCGUUUUGCAGAGUGUGCGGUAGAGUUUGCCGCUCUAGGAUUGGCUUGCACAGCCAUGAAAGAAAGUGCAUUUCUUCGAGGCAAUGACGUCAUAAAUCGUCUGAAACAGACGUAUAAGGCCAAUGAUGAUGAGCGCGUUUAAAAUGGGGAUAUGCGACUCCCGAUAUUUCGACACUGUUGCAAGUGCCAGUAGUGUGAUCACGGGAUGACUUGCAACAGUGUCGAAUUAUCGGGAGUCUCAUAUCCCCAUUUUAAACGCGGUAAGAACCCGUUGUUAUGUGUUUUAAUUGUGAUAAUAACCGCGUAAACUUAAAACAAUGUAUCACAAGGUUACUCUUAACCUGCGAGCAUGCAUGAAGUAAGUCUUCGAUGAUAGUGGAAGAAGCGAAGGUGGAGCGUCAGCUUCGUAGUAAAUGGAAUUCCCUGAUCUCUGCCUACCCUAACGGGAAAUAGGCGUGAUGUUAUGUAUCUCAAAAGUCUCCUAAGAGAACAAACAAUGGACCAUCAACAGCAUCUGCAUCUGCCCACCCCGGUAUCUAUUUAGCAACUCUCAUCAUCAGCCCAUUAACGUCCCCACUGCUGGGGCACGGGCCUUCCCUAUGGAUGGAUAGCGAGAUCGGGCCUUAAACCAUCACGCGGGCCCAGUGCGGAUUGAUUGUUAUUAACGACUGCUAAUGCAGCUGGGACCAACGGCUUAACGUGCCUUCCGAAGCACGGAGGAGCUCGAGAUGAAAACUUUUUUUUUGUGGUCACCCAUCCUAUGACCGGCCUUUGCGAAAGUUGCUUAACUUUAACAAUUGCAGACCGAGCGCGUUUACCGCUGCGCCACCGAGCUCCUCCUAGUAACAACUCUACCUACUAAAAAAAUAAUAGUUUCAUUAAUUACAGCCAGUGUCAAUACUGAAGUGUUUAAGUAAAAUAAGACAAUAUACUUCCAUACAUACACUAUUUCCCACUGGGGUAAGCAGAGACUAGGGAAUUCCAUUUACUUUGAUCCUGCUAUACUUCUCUUGCUUCCUCCACAUUUAAAAAAUAUGUUUAGAAAAAUAAUAGUAAAGCUAUGGCACAAGCAAAGCCCGAACAGUUUAAAUAGGCUAUUUUUCACUAAGUCAAAUGAUAUACUUUUUACGGAAUGUCAAAGCGAAAAUUUUGGUAUAGAAACACUGUCCAGAUGACGCCAUCAAUAAAAGCACUCAUCCAUCGUACUCAUUGUGAUUUAAUUCACAAUUAAAAUUGGAAAGUAAAGUAAAAAAAGGAAUGAGAAUGAUUUUUGAUCCUGUUACAAUGCUUCUUUCUCUAGAUUAGCUACUAGAUCUUUGACCGGGUGAAAUACCCUAUUGCUUAUUGCCAAAUCAGCUGGAUGCUUUAAAAAAAAAUAAACUCAAAAAUACUGACUGUACACCCGUUCUCAACUAAUAAAAUCCUUCCUCUAAGUUACUAAACAGGGUCAAUUGUGUCUGCUUUAAAAAAACUUAAAAUGGCUGUCAAAUGACAAAAGCAUACACCUCGCGUUAAAGAAAACUGAAAAUUUUCUUCUCGCGUAUCAUAAGAUUUCAGCGACACCAACUUAUAUUAAAUAUAAUACCAUGUGAAACAACUUUUAAGUAAUAUUUUCUAAUUUCUUGGUAUUUUUGGUCAAAACAACUGAGCUUAAGUGGCAACACAGCUUUUAUGUUGCCGCUAUAUUCUAACAUUCACUUUUUUACGAAAAUUAAUUUAGUCCCCAUUUUUCACUACCGACCGCGACCCAAUGUACGGAUAAAUACUAAAACCAAAUGGGUAUGGGUAGCAAUUAAACUUUUACUUGAUUCUAGUCAGUUUUAUAGUCGAGAAAAAGCAUGUUGCUACUCUGGCAAAGAAAGUCCACAUUAAAUUAAAAGUUUAGUUUAGAUACCUACCUCUUGCCAUCGCCAUUCGCCAUAUUUAUUUUAACGUCAAGCAUAAAACAGAACUGUCAAAGGUUUUUCCUUUGGCUCAUAUUAUAAAGGCCAGGCUAAGAUCAUGAGACCAUUCUGCCUAGUCACCAGAAGAAGGUUGCUAUUUCUGUAUUUUUUUUUGUACGGCGGAUUGCAGAGCUAGGCCAGGUUUUUAUAGUGGCCAUUAAAUUCUGUCUGGUUAUUACCUUUGCAAGAAACGUAAUUACAAACACUAUCUUACAUUUUUAUAUCGACCUCGAUCCAUGUUACCUUAUGUCUUCCAAAAAUAUAAUAAGUGCUACGUACUCCCGUUGUAAAUAAAUUUUAUGUUUUAAUAGAA